GUUAUAAAUGGAUCACGUCGGUCGUGUAUAAAAUUAACUUGCUUGAAAACAUAAAUAUAUUUUUUAAAUAAAAAUGCCGUGCUUAAAAAUUAUGACGAAUAUUCUUAAGUCAAAUAUCCCUAAAGAUUUUUUGACUAAAAUAAUACCAGUUCUUGCUGAAGGUGUCAGAAAAUCCCCUGAUAUGUUUCUUUGCGUUAUACAAGAUGAUUGUCAAUUGAUAAUAAAUGGCAAUUCUACCCUACCUGGUGUCAUUGCUACUCUGGAAUCGAUUGGAAAUUUAGGUUCAGAAGACAAUAAACGAAUUGUUAAACUUUUAACUGCGUUUAUGGAAAAAGAACUCGGUGUGCCUCCUAACAGAUUCUUCUUAACGUUCUACGAUCUAGAAACUUAUAAUGUCGGAAAAGGAGGUGUAACGAUUGAAACUUUACUGGAAAAAAAAUAAUAAUAUUUAUACAAAUAACAUAUUUUGCACCCAUAUUUAAAAGUUAUUAAAAUAUGAUAAGCU